AGUCUAAACAGGAAUCGGAAAUGUUUUUUUUUAGAAUGAAAAUGCAAUGUGAAUGUCGACUUGGUCCUCCAACAGAUGUACUAGCUAGCACUACGGUCUGGGGCAACCAUGCCUAUUGAAAGUAGUCACUAGAACAAUCGCUAUCUGCUGUACUAAGAGACGUGUGUUAUCAACAACAUGAGGUCUAUUUUGGCAGGCUUCCUAGCCAGUGCGACUGCUGUUUCCACAACGGUCUCCAGCGCGAAGGGGGUUAACAGCGAGAAUUCACACAGUAUCACGGGGACAGCCGAUGCCGGGGUUGUUUCUGCUGACGAAUCGUCGCAAGCGUCAACCGCCGCUGAAGGGGAGAGCAGGUAUAGUAGGCUCUAGCAGCCGCUCCCGCUUGCUGCAACUUUCGAUGAUUUCCGUUUUAGCCAAAAAGAUAGCUAUCAAGAGGCGAAUACGAUUGCUCUCACGCAAGUUGUCAUCAGUUCAAGCCCUCGAAAUAAAGCACGAUAUUAAAUGAGCAGGACUACAUGCAAAUUCUACAUCAGCUUUCUUCACCGUGUCCUGUCGGAGUGGGUCCCGCCGUGGGUCUCCAAUCCCAACGUUCCAAACCCGAGCCAAUUGAAGCGCAGCAAAGCUCAGCAGCUGCAGCUCACGAUGCUCAAAGUGGAUUCCGAUUCCCCGGAUUCGCAGCACCCCGGGUCACCUGUCUCGGGUGUCCCUCCGAUGCCCGAUGCGAACGCGCUCCCGUACGACCACGUUGACGUCCUGCAGCAAACAGGGCAGCAGCACCGGGAUAAUGCCGAGCAGGGGAAUAAAGUGGACCUGCCGCAAAUUUCACUUUCGGCUUCCUCGCCCACGUCGUCGGGCACGUCCCCUCAGAUGUUGCCCACGACUGUGAACGUGACGCUCGACUACCUCCGCGAACAGUACGAAAUCGAAGCGGAGAGUCGUUUGCACGGGGUCAAGCACAACUUCGAAGUGCCGUUACUUGCCUCGGACGACGACGUGCGGAGCGCGGCCGUUGCCACCGAGGCCGGGGCCGGGUUGUUGGCGGCCACGAAAUCUGCCAGUGACGACAAUUUCUCGAACACCUACAACCUGUUGGACUACGACAAAGUGCUGGCCUUCCUCUCCCUGAAGUCGUUCGAAGACUUCGCGGCGCUGUUCUUCUACCUCGCCGCCGCUUUCACCCUGUACUACUGGUGCUGGUACCGCGGAAAAUCCGCAGGAACCGGCUCCGGAGCUGCGACGGUGAUGGGGGGCAUGAUGAGCACAAACAAGAAGCAACUGCAGAUGACGAACCGCAAGCUGUUCCGGGGGGAGCCGGAAGAUCUUGACUCGGUGAAAAUCAAGAAGUACGCAAACGACGACUUCGACGACGAUUUGUAA